AUGCUUUCCUUUCAUUUCUGGGAGUCCCAGGGUCGACCUACAGAUGCUGCUCCUUCCGUGGCCGGUGGCAUUCAGACUUGUAGCUGCCGACGGUGCCAGGCAAACAACCGGACAGAACAGCUCAGCUACGGGAAGCUGGCCACGGUCUCGGCCAGAGCAGCAGCCCCCUGGCCACAGACCACCUCUGCCACCUCAUCCAGGAGCCUUCCUUCCUCCCUCAGCCUUGCCUGGGCCCCGCCACAGAGGCUGAAGAACUGGGAGGUGGUGGCAACAGCGGCAGUGGUGCCUACAGCCUUGGGGCCAGUCCAGGCACGUGGGACCCUGCUUCGGGCUACUCCGCAGCCCCUUCAGGGCCAGAGAGGGACCCAGGACAGCUCCAGUGCUCACCACUGUCUCUUCCUGUUGCUAAAACCUAGGCGAGGGCUCAGAAUGCAAGGCGCCCCUCCUGAGCUGAAUCUGCAGGCCAGACCGAAGGAGGUGGGGGACAGGGUGAGCGGAGCUCAAGACCGCCAGGAGCUAAAGCAGCAGCUGCGGCCACUUCCCAAGCCAUCAGCCUCCUCCCAGCGAGAAGCCAAAUAUGUGGAGAUGUGCGCUUCAGCUGCAGUCCAGAGGGACAGUCCCCGGAGCAUGAGACUUACUCUGGAGCAGCGCCCGGGGGGUCAGAGGGGCUCUCGGAGCCCCAAGGAGAAAGCCCAGGAAGAAUCCAGCGGUCAAGAGUGCGAGGCUCCAACCCUCCUGAAGAAUCCUGCCUCCCCAGACCUCUCCAGAUCUCCGCUCUCCCGCACUGAGGAGGGCAGAAACCUAUCCUCUUCCUCCUCCUCCUCCCUGGUGGACAAAGCAGAAGAAGGUAGCCUUUCCAAGAUGGAUGAUACCACCACAUCCACAGGGGCUCUGGCCACCUCGUCCUCAUCGUUAGGCUUUGAGAGUGACAGUGGUGAGAACGCAGUGAGCUGCCAGUCCAAGGGAGGAGAAGAAGGGAAAAAAGCAGGAGGAGGAGGAGGGGGAAGGAGAGGAGAAGGGAGAUGUAGGGGAGGAGAAGGAGAUGGAACAGAGUGCAGAGACAUUAUUGCCAAGUCUCAGGGCAGCAGGGACCCCCCAGAAAAUCAGGAGGCUCACUACAUCACCACCCACGAGAUCCAGCUGAGCGAGGUAGAGCAGGACAUGGAUUUCGACGUGGGCCUGGCCUCCCGCUGGGAUUUCGAGGACAACAACGUGAUCUACUCAUUCGUGGACUAUGCUUCCUUUGGUGGCAGCGACGAGACCCCAGAGGACGUCACCACCCUGACCGAAGAGGACGAUGACAACAGCUGCUACCUCAGCACCACUCCCAGCACCAACGCCACCCGGACACCCAGCCCCACCAGCAGUGACCCCGCCCGCCCCAGCGCAGGCAGCAGCGGUGGCGACACCAGCAGCACGGAAGUGGGCAGCGGCCCCUCGGACAGUGACCCCACUCCCCCGCCCACGGGGCCUGGCACUGCCACCCCGCGUCAGCCCUUGCCGGAGCCCCCGGAGGCGGCUUCAGGGGCAGCAGCCGCCGCAAGCAGCUGUGGGGGUGCAGCAAGCCAGAUCCUCCUAUCAAUCAAACCGACUUCCCAGGCUAUAAAUGAGCCUAGCAACGUGUGUGCAAAGCAAAACAUUAUUUAUGCUGCCAAGCAUGAAGGCGACAUGAGCCUCCGCGUCUCUACAGCUGCUGAACACAAUUCAAGUUCACUGAAGCAACACCCGGCUGCAGCCGUGGCUCAGGACCAUGCAAAGAAAUACAUCGCCGUCCCUGCUCGCCUGCAAACCCGGUGCGGGGCCAUCCGGGCGAAGGAGCUGGUGGACUACUCUAGCGGAGCUUCCAGUGCCGUGAGCGAGCUGGACGAUGCCGACAAAGAGGUGCGUAACCUGACCUCCCGGGCCUUCCGGAGCCUCGCUUACCCCUACUUUGAGGCUCUGAACAUCAGCUCCCGGGAGUCGUCCGCGCUCUCCGAAGUCGGCUUUGGGCGUUGGUCAACCUUCCUGGACUUAAAAUGUGGAGGUGUUGGAGCCAGGGUGGAACAGAGCCUCCUCAGGAGCAGCGCAGCCUCUGUGGCUGCAGGUCUGAGGAAGGGCAGCGGGGCCAGGACGACCGCAGACCAGCUCUACAUCCAGUCCAAGAAGUCCCAGACCAAGGCCUUGGAGUUCGUAGUCAGCAAAGUAGAGGGGGAGAUCAAACACGUGGAGACACCCCUGUGUUUCCAGAAGCAGGUCCAGUCUGGCUCCCGCGUGGUCACCCUUCUCGAGCCUCUGAAUUUACGCAGUGAGAGCAAAGCCAGCUCAGCCACCGGGCCCUGCAGGGCCACCAAAGCCCCCAGCAAAGGCCCCGGGUCAGUGUACACGGAUGACGGCUCAGAGACCUCUGAGGGCAGCAAGCCUGCCUCCCGCGCUGAUGGCCCCCAGAAGAAGUCCAAGUUUGCUUCCAGUCUGCUCAAAAACGUCAUCUCCAAGAAGAUGCAGCGGGAACACGAGUUCAAAAUGGAGAGGGGAGAAGUCAGUGACACGUCCCACCAUAACCUCUCCAGCACCUCCAAGGAGACCAAGGGCCCUUCCCCCGGGAGUGAGAAGCUGCGGGAGAGGGGCCUGCAGAGGCAGAGUUCUCGCCACUCGGAGGCCGGCUCUGAGUACACGGUGGUGAGUGUGUCUGAUGCAGGUGGGGAGGGGUCCAUAGCUGGGUCUAAAUCCCCAAUUUUCAAAGCCAGUGCCCCUAGGGAGAUGUGCCAUGCAGGCUCCGGCCGUAAUUUCGCCGAUGGACACCCAGAAGAAGUGUGUGAAAUUAAGAAGAGUGCAUCAGAGACUGUCAAGGGCAUCUUCCUCCGUAGUCAGAACAGUGCAUUCCGGUCGUGGAAGGAGAAAGAGGCUGAGAAGCGAGAAGAAAAAGCCCCCAUUGGGAAGCUGAAACUCCCCAAAGGGGGCGACUGGAGGGCUGAUCUCGGGGAGAUCUCUGCCAGCAAGUCCACCAUCAUGUCUCGCCUCUUUGUCCCCAACAUCCAGCAGACACCCAAGGACAAGCAGCCGGGGAAGCAGGCCACCAAGUACCCUGCUGCCCAGGCCACCUCCACAGCAGUGAUCAGGCCCAAGGCUCCCGAAAUCAAGAUCCGGCUGGGCAGCGUGCAACAGCCAAGCUCCGACUUCAACAUUGCCAAGUUGCUCACGCCCAAACUGGCCAGUGGCAGCACCUCGAACCUCUUCAAGACCAUUGAGGAUAACAGCAGGGCACAGCAGAAACUCUUCCGCGGGGACAACCUGGAAAAAGUGCCCCAGUUCCAGGUGAGAGACGUCAGGGACAAGUCCAAGGCCCAAGGGCCCCUGCACCAGGUGAGAGAUGUCCGGAAACUAAUCAAAGGGUCAGGGGACAGCAGUGACAAGGGCAGCGUCACCCCAGAGCAGGGGCUGACCGGGCCCAAACCCAGGCAGCUGGCUCCCGCAGCUGGCGGAUCGGGAUCCCUGUCCCCCAUGGUGAUCACGUGCCAGGCCGUGGUGAACCAGAGGGACGACAGCAUGGACCGAGAGCAGAGGGAGACCGUGGGCAAGGGGGCCGGCAGCAGGGUCUUGAAUUCCUCCUCACCGGAAGGGACAGUCUUGGUUCACAGGGCAUCUGGCAGGCUGCCCGUGGCCACCAUCGCCCCCAAUAAGCCUGAGCAGGGCUCGUACCUUCCUGUGCUCAAGAUCGUCUCCAAGGCUCAGAAGACCCCAGAGAAGGUGAAGGAGGAGGAGGUCAAGGAGGAAGGAAAAGGCCCCAAGACAUCCCGCAAUGCCCUGGAGAAGCUGACGGCGGCCGUGAGGUCCAUGGAAGAGCUGUACAGCUUCAACAGGAACGAGUGGAAGCGGAAAAGCGACCCCUUGCCCCUGAUGACCGACAGCCACGUCCUGUCGCUCAUCGCCAGCGAGGAGAGACGAGGGGCCGGGGGUGUCGAGCGGGACCCCGACAAGCUGGCCAAACGGCUGGGCGAGGCGGACGAGCGGGGCUCCGGGAACAAAGGCGGGGUGGUCCUGCGAGGGGGUCACGCAGAGCGGCUGCAGCGGAGAAACUCCAACCCGAGCGCCGAGAGCGUGUCCGCCCGCGCGGCUGCCUUUGAGAGCCUGGCCAGGGAGAGGCCCCGGUCCCUCUAUAUUCCCCCGGUGCACAAGGAUGUGGACAGAACCCAGCCCCUGCAGCCCCUGCCCCCGCUCCCCAGCAACCGGAACGUGUUCACGGUGAGUGCCAGCAGCACCCAGAAGACUGGGGGUGUCGCUGGCAAGUUCCCACAAGGCCCUUCUCCAGGGAGUCCUUCAGCGGCAAAGGGCAUCAAAUCUCAGGGACUCCGGUCUCUCAAGAUCUCUCCGGCCACCCGGGCACCGCUCGAAGAGGUGACCAACAGGAAAAAUGGCAGCCAUUUGGAAAAGAGCAAUAGUGACUGUGAGAAUUAUCUGACCAUCCCCCUUAAAGGAAGCUCUGCAGCUGGGGAGCUUCCAGGCAGGCCUGGGGCUGGGAGGGAGGGGCCCCCAGCCUCCUCAGCCUCCAGUCUCUGCAGCUUGCCCCCCCUGAGUGCCCGCAGUCAGGUCCCCAGUAGCCCCAAGGGCUCUCAGGUCAGUGGAACCAGCCGGCCAGCGUGGCGCACCAAACCAGAUAACCCCCGGGAGCUGGUAGCGGCCCCCGCAGGGCCACAGAGCCCUGAGCAUCCCCCCACCGCCAUCUACCACCAACAGCCACUGCCCUUCACCCUGCAGGGGGCCCAGCCCCAGGUCCUCUGCUUCUCCCCUCCAGGCAUGCCUGCCCCAGCACCUGCAGGCCCAGCUCCAGUCCCCACAGACCCCUUCCAGCAGCCACAGCCUCAGCAGACCCAGCGCAAGAUGCUCCUGGAUGUGACCACCGGCCAGUACUAUCUGGUGGACACACCAGUACAGCCCAUGACCCGGAGACUGUUUGACCCCGAGACAGGGCAGUAUGUGGACGUGCCCAUGACCUCCCAGCAGCAGCCUGUGGCUCCCAUGUCCCUCCCUGUGCCUCCCUUGGCCCUGAGUCCCGGGGCCUAUGGACCCACCUACAUGAUCUACCCCGGGUUUCUGCCCACGGUGCUGCCCGCCAACGCCCUGCAGCCCACGCCAAUUGCUCGCACUCCCGGGGGCGGUGAGCUCUCCCCCAUGGCAGCAGAGCCCCUCAGCAAAGAGGCAGCUGUGUCCUUCACCGAGGCCCCCUACUUCAUGGCCUCCGGUCAGUCCCCUGCCUGCUCUUCCUCCUCUGUCCCGGCAGCCACAUCCCAGCUCGUGGGGGCCAAGGGCUUUGCCCAGCUACACGGCAAGCCUGUCAUCAGCAUCACAUCGCAGCCCCUGGGGCCACGGAUCAUUGCGCCCCCCUCCUUUGACGGCACCACCAUGAGCUUCGUGGUGGAACACAGAUGAUGAGCGGUCCCCAGAAAGCAGAAGGGAGCAGCUGCUGGAGCAAGAUAGAAAAAUGGACUCAUCUUCUUAAAUCUGAAGUUUGCAUUGUAACAGCACUGAGAAUUCAUCUGGAAAACUUCCUCUACAUAUGUUAUCCUUAGUUUUUGCUUCUUAUAAACCAAGUGUGUAAGUUUCUAUAUUUUUCUGAAUAACCCUGUUAAGACAGUUUGUGUUAUUCUAGUUUUACUAAGCUGAUUGAGUGGUUGCAUUUUUCCCGUGUAAAACUAUUUCUUUUUAUACUUUAAUACAGAAUAUAAGCUUUCCCUUCAUCUUUCCCUCCUGCAUUUGUGACUAGGCAAACAAUCUCUUACAUGUUCUCAUAGUUCAGUCAAAACAUACAACAGAAUGGGAUUGGUUCUGUUGUAAAGCAAAUGAGCAAAUCAGUAAUUUGUAUCACAAAUCUCCCUACAGGUUCUUGGAAUAUAUCAGGGCUGACUGGCUGAGUGGUAGCACUUGUUUGGAUUUAAAUAUGAUGGGUCUGCAUUUUGAAUCAUAUGCCAGCCAAGCCUAGUCAUUCUCUUGGUUAUGUUUUACAUGUUCUUUUAUUGGGUUUAGCAUGAUUUCAAAUGUGAUUGUGAAAGACAGUGGUUUUAACUUUUGUGCCUCGUUUUAACUUUCCCAUUGGUACAAUGCCAUGACACUAUGUGUUGCCUUAAAAUAGAAUGGCUUGAAAGACUGGAGAGCCAGUGGUUGCAUUUAAAAUUAAGUUCUUAGUUUCAGAAAUGUGUAAAAUAUCUAUUUUCCUCUAGAAUCCAACCUUUGGUAUGAGUGUAUAGGAUUAUUUUUCUUCUUCUAUGAUUCCCUCCAUAGUUGCACACUUCUGUCUCUCACGGAUUGUUUGGAGCCUGUAGAGUGACCUGUUUGGGGCAGUGGAGUAGAAAGUAAACUCUGAUUCGGUGGCUCUGAUUCUCUCCAGCCUUAGCCAUACCAAUAGCAGUGACCUAGGUUUAUAUCACUUGCUCCUUAUGGUUUUAAGAGGUGUCGAGAAUCCAAAUCACAGAAUCUUUCAUUGACAUUCAAUACUGCCUCAGUUGUAGCCCAGUUCUGAAGGUUAUUUUAGUGAGUGUUUAUGGUGAGUUUUGAAGAGUUGAUUGAACAGAUAAAUGUUUAGCUCGUCGUAAAUAGAGUUAAUAUAUAUUCAACAGCUGUUACAUUGGAAUAUUUUCUUUUUAAAAGAAUAAGUUGAAGAUUCUCCCAGGCUUUUUUUUUU